AUGGGCUCGCUUCCUGCCGAUGCAAAGCUGCCCUGGGUGCGCACGCCCUGCGUCCUCUCACCAGAAAUCUCCCGCGUCGCAGGCUGCAAUGUCUAUCUCAAGCUCGAUAAUCUCCAGCCAUCCGGCUCCUUCAAAUCUCGCGGCAUUGGUAACCUCAUGACCGGCGCGGCCGCUGCGUCCCCCUCCACACCACACUUCUACUGCUCCUCGGGCGGCAACGCCGGUCUCGCGUGCGCCACCGCUGCCCUAUCGCUCGGCUGUCCCGCCACCAUUGUGCUGCCGACCUCAAGCCCGCCUCUCAUGAAGAACAAGCUGCUCGCCCUGGGCGUCGAGGUGCAGAUCCACGGCAGCAUGUGGUCCGAGGCUGAUCGCUACCUGAGGGAGGAGCUCAUGCCAAAGGACAAGAACGGCGUGUACGUCCCGCCAUUCGACCACCAGCAGAUCUGGGACGGUGCAUCGUCCAUUGUCACGGAGCUCAGGGAGCAGAUUGACGGCCCUAUCCAUGGCAUCGUCUGCUCCGUCGGUGGAGGCGGUCUCGUCAACGGCAUCAUGCAGGGUAUCGAGAGUCUAUCGUGGUCAGGGCCGAGACCCCAUGUGCUGGCGGUGGAAACCAUUGGCGCAGAUGCACUAAACGCCAGCGUCCGCGCGGGCGAGCACGUUAGCAUCCCUGCGAUCACGAGCAUCGCGAAAUCGCUGGGCGCGACACGUGUGUCCGCUCAGACAUGGCGCUGGGCAGAGCGCGGCCUCGCAGGCGAGGUCAGGAUGAAGAGCGUCGUCGUCUCCGACGCGGACGCGGCCAUGUCUUCUGUUCGCUUCGCGGACGACGCACGUCUCCUCGUCGAGGUCUCGUGCGGCGCGACCUUGGCGGUGGCGUACAAGGGCGAUUUGCGGGAGCACUUUGGCCAGGGUUGCAGUGACGACGAGUGGAAGACGAGGAACAUUGUGCUCGAGGUCUGCGGUGGCGCCGGCGUGACGCUCGAGUUGUUGGCGGGCUAUGCGGAAGCGUACGGGAAGGAAGCGAGUGUCAAACUGGCUUAG